GUCGCCAUCAGCUCACUUCUCAGCAUAUAAUUAUCAAGCUCUCAUCAGCGCCAUGGAACCUCAAAUGAAGGCAUCACCAUCCCCUCAUUGCUCAGGGAAUAAAUCAGCACCUUCUCCCCGAAGAAAACCAAUUUCUGCAACACUCACAGCAUAUCUUCUCUUCAGAAAUUCAAGAAGCAAUAGCUGAGAACCACUCACCCUAACACCACCAUGAUCACCAAGACGUCGGCGGCCUUGUUCGCCUUCGCCGCCAUCCUAGGCAUCGGAAGCCUCGUCUUGUCCGCCCCUACAGCAGUCUCAACACAAGCUAACCCAACCUUCACCCCAAUCCCUCACCCAGGCAUCACACCUUCUACCAUCUUCACCAACUUCGCAUUGUUCCAGAUCCCCAUGGACCAAUUCCUCAUCCGUCGCAACAAGAAGGAUGGUCCUUCUGAUAUCGACUGGGAGUCGGAUGGGUGCUCGCAUGUCGAGGACGAGCCGUUUGGCUUCAACUACGCAACUAACAGACUACGAAUGUUAGUCAAGGACUCGUGCCGCCGCCAUGACUUCGGAUACCGCAACUUCAAGAAACAAAAUCGCUACAAGGUAACGUCUACCUCCACCGGUAAGCAGUCCAUCGACCUACAGUUCCGUGAGGAUCUUCUCGCCCAAUGCGACACGGAAAAGCACCGCAGAAGCUGCCGCUUCGUAGCAAAGAUCUACUACAAGGCCGUACGCAUCUAC